AUGAAUCGGUCUUUGAGUCAUUUAGUUGAAUAUAGAUCGAAGUUCCCCAAUGGCCGAAAUCGGUUUCCUAUAUAUGUAUCACAAGAUUGUGGUGAUGCACGUGUUCUACGUUUGUUAAGCUCUUACGGAAAUCAAAUUACUGUUCUUAACCAGCCAGAUCACUCGGAAACCAAGUUUGCUCAUAUUCAAAAGAACUUAAAGGGUUACUUCAAAAUAUCACGUAAUUACAAAUGGGCACUCGGUCAGAUGUUUGAUGUGCUCCGAUACAACUUGACACUUGUUGUUGAAGAUGAUUUAGAUGUAUCUCCAGAUUUCUUCGACUAUUUCUAUGCUCUUGCACCUCUUCUAUUGGAAGAUAAAACUCUUUUCUGCAUCUCGGCGUGGAACGACAAUGGCAAACCCUCUCUUAUUGACCUUUCUCGCAAUGAUCUCCUAUAUAGGUGA